AUGACACUCAAUUGUCGAUUUUAUGAAAAUAAGUUACCUGACAAUAACGAUCUUGUCAUGGUCAAUGUUGUCAGAAUCGAAAAUGUAGGGGUUUAUGUUAAACUACUGGAAUAUGAUAAUAUUGAAGGUAUGAUUUUAAUGUCAGAAUUAUCACGACGACGUAUUCGUUCAGUUAACAAACUUGUUCGUAUUGGUCGUAAUGAAGUUGCUCGAGUUAUACGAGUCGAUCUUCAAAAGGGAUACAUCGAUUUGUCCAAAAGCCGUGUGCUAAAUGAAGAUGAAGUUCGAGAGUGCGAACAAAAAUACAUUCGUGGACGAACAGUCAAUAGUGUUCUUCGUCAAACGGCACAUGAACUAUCGAUCAAUAAUAAUGAUGGAUUUGAACAAUUUUAUAAGAAUACCGCAUGGUUUUACGAUCGGAAAUAUAAAUAUUCAGGUGCUUGUUAUGAUGUUUUUAAACAAAUUAUCAAAGAUGAAACAGAAAUAAAUAACUGUUCAUUGGAUCAACAAGCAAAAGAAAUUCUAUCGACAAAUAUUCGGCGACGAUUUAUGCCACGAGGUGUUAUAAAAUGUCGAGCUGGUGAGAUAAAAGUUCAGUUUUAG